CCGCCACUCGCGAUAACUCGCGUUGGGGCGGAAAAGGCGGGAGAAGACUGCCGCUUCCGCGUCCGCGCAGCACAUCCAACAACAGUACGGCAAAAAUGGACGAGAAGUUAAUAUUAGCUGUAUUUAAUUAUCCAGAGCUUUACAAUGUCACUAUGCCGAAUUACCGCUGCACAGAAAGUCGGGCAAAUGCCUGGAGGAGCAUCAGUAUCCUCCUGGGUCUCCCAUCUGAAGAGUGUAAAAGAAAAUGGAAGAACAUGAGAGACAGGUACUUGAAGGAAGUCCGGAUGGAGAUCAAGAGCAAGAAGCAAGGGGAGAUCGUGCAGAGUCGAUGGAAAUACAGACAAAUUAUGAAUUUUAUCGCACCCUUCACCGGAUCAAGAAGUGGAGUGGCAGACAUCUGCGGCAACAACGACGAUGACAACGACAAUCCUGACAAUGAAUCUGGCAGUGCGGAGGGAGAGAACACAUCAUCUGAGGCGGUCAAGAUACCGCAGUCCAUCGUGAAGGUCCCUGUGAGUCCCCCAGACCUCAAAGCAUCCCAGAUAACGUUCGUGACGCAGCUCCCUUCACAAGACACACAAAUGGCCCAGCUGGCUGUUCUCACUAAGGUGCCUUCAGGCCCACAGAUCACCAACACCAACACCACCACCAGCAGCAGCAGCAGCAGCAGUAAAACUGCACGGAAACGACGCCUGGCGCAAGAGUCUCUUUCGCUACCGUCUUCUCAAAGCACCCCAUCUCCAACAAAAUGGCUGGUGAAAGACAAUGGCACCUCGUUUCCUAACAGGCCGCGGGACGAGGAUGAACUGUUCCUGCUGAGCUUCGUCCCCGCUCUGAAGCGACUCGCUCCACAGAAAAGGUGCGAGACGAAAAUGAAGAUCCAGCAGAUUAUGUAUGAAGCAGAGUUCAACGUUGUACAGCAAGAAUCUCAAGAGAAACAGCCGGAGUCGGAAACACAGGACUAAACUAAACAGACUUUUUUUUAAAUACUUUAUUCUGUUUUCUAAAAACCUCUUCCAUGAUGACCAAAAUAUCUAUUUUUACAGCUCAAAGUGGUGAAGUACAUCCCUUUUAUCAUGUGAAAUCAUGAACAAUGAAGAAACUUACUUUACGACACAUCUCAGUAUUGAGCAAAUCAUUGAUUUUGUUUCCACACACCGCUCUGGUUUGGUGUGUUUUGAUUUGUGUAUUUAUUAUUAGCUGAGUGAGAGAACGAUGCCCUCUGAUAGAUUUGCACCUUAAUAAGACAGACAGACUCGGAUUAACAUCUUUUAUUUACAUAUUUUAACUUUUCAUAGAGUGAAUUCACAUUUAGAAAAGUGGUUUCAUGUUUCAAAGCAACCAAUCUUCAUUUUAACUGUGUAAUAAUCUACAGUAUUUUACAUUUAAUUACAGUACAGAACACUGUUUGAUAAAUUAAUCUUUCAACUGCUUAGAUGCAUCAACACGUUUCUUUUUCAUCUCAUCUAAAAUAAAAGAGACAAUGUCCAACAUUGUUUUGAGUCCACAAAACUUGUAUGAUUUUUGGUUAUGGGAGUCAUUGUUAAUGUUAUUAGUUCCACCUGUGCUUUUCCUAAUAUGAUCACUCAGUAAGACUAGGGCAAGUCAUCUUCAAUAAAAGCUACCCCAAAGUUUAUCAGAUACUGUAACAUGAACUAUAGGCUGAAAGGAAA